AUGUCAAGUCGAGGGUUCGGACAGUUUCUUCGGGAUGGUAACUUGAUACUGCCUGAACAGCCAAAUCAUGACGACUUUCUAACAGUCAUGGAAAAGGUGUUCAAGUGGUCUUGCCUCAUCGGAGUGCUUGGUUCCAAGAGACACGUCAAUUACGCAUGGAGUGGAUUCAUACUGCUUGUGUUGCUGUUCAUGGAGAGUCAAGCUAUAUGGAAGGUCAUUAAGGCACUCGCUGGAUGGGCUAUUGAUACUGCUGGUCAAAGAAGCGUCACAGCCCGUUUAGCAGGGACCAUCUUCUACACCAUAGCCAUCUUAUCUCUAGUGUUAUCAUCAAGACUAUACAGGUCUUGGGGACAGUUAUCAGCGUUAUGGGCCAGGGUCGAGAGGAUAAUGGCCGUCAAAGCCCCACCUGAUAAGACUUUGAAGAGGAGAAUGUAUUUCUUCAUUGGAUUUAUGAUUGUGUGUUCUUUGUUGGAACAUAUUAUGAGUGUUGUUUCUGCAAUAGGACUGGACUGCCCACCAGCUUUGAUAAUCAAGAGAUACGUUUUAAUUUCACAUGGUUUUAUGAUAUUGAGACAUGAGUACUCCGACUGGUACGCCCUGCCUCUAAUCUUCAUGAGCACUUUAGCCUCUUUACUGUGGAACUUCCAAGACGUACUGAUUGUCCUGAUCAGUAUGGGCCUUACUUCAAGGUAUGGUAGACUAAACCAGUGCUUGGCGAAAAUCUGUGCACUAGAGAGGAAGCAGAUGGAUUCAGAUAAAAAAAACGAAGCAACAAAAGUAUACGCAUGGCGCAAAUUAAGAGAAGCGUACGUGAAACAAGCUAUGUUAGUUCGCAAAGUGGACGAUGCCAUCGGAGGCAUCGUUAUACUCUCAUGCUUUUGCAACUUUUAUUUCAUAUGUUUGCAGUUAUUUUUGGGGAUUACUCAGAGCAAAGCCAGCGAGCCUAUCAAGACAGCCUACUACUUCAUGUCAUUGGGCUGGAUUUGCUUCAGAGUCAUCUGCGUUGUGCUAGCUGCCUCCGACAUCAACGUCCACUCCCGAUUAGGUCUCAAAUACAUCUACACUCAUGACAGUCAUAGUUACAAUAUUGAGAUGGGACGUCUGCAACACCAGCUGUCGAAAGACUAUGUAGCUCUGAGCGGCAAGGGAUUUUUCUAUUUGAGCAAAAGUAUUUUGCUUCAGAUGGCUGGCGCGAUAAUCACUUACGAACUUAUGUUGAUUCAGUUUGACGACCAAGGGACUGAUGAUGUUCAGCUGAAUUUGACUAAAAAUGCUAUUGGAGUAUAG